AUGUCUCGGAAUUUUGAUCAACUUCCACUUUCUUCCUCGGAAAUAAUAUACCCAGCCUCUCCGCUUUAUCAAAAGGAGAGUUGCACUUGGGCAGCCCAGAAAGAUCUGAAGCCCAAAAUCAUCGCUCGACCCUGCACGCCUUCGUCUCUGGGGGAUUUGCUUUCUUUCUUGACUCUUUCUGGUCUGGAUUGGGCGGUCCGAAGUACUGGGGUAGGGUCCUCAUCUGCUAGCGAUGUACUGAUCUCAUUGUCUGCUUUUGAUAAAUUCGAAUACAACGCAGAAGACCAGACUGUGGUUAUUGGCGCAGGACAAACCUGGGGAGAAGUUGAUCGAAAAGUUGAAGAAAAUGCCCCUGGUCAUGCUGUGGUUGGUGCUCGUUGCACAUACGUCGGCGUCGGCGGCUCCAUCCUCUCAGGCGGAAUAUCUUGGCUAUCUUCUGAAAAGGGUCUUGCUGCUGACCCACACAAUAUGCUAGAUGCAAAGGUGGUCUUGACGGACGGUAGGAUUUUGUGGGCGUCCACUGAGCCGGAAUUACUUUGGGCAUUGAGAGGCGGCGGUGGCAGUUUUGGAGUAUUGGUAGAGGUCAAACUGCGGGUUCACUCCUACCCGGACAAGAUCUAUUCUGGCCAGAUAUCCUAUCCGAGGUCGGCAUUCUCUGUCGUCGCCAAGGCCAUUGAAAGAUUUACUGCAGAAUGCAACGAUCCCAAGAUGGCAAUGCACAUAUUCCCCCUUGACCUUGGACAAGGUCAUUAUGUGGGGGAUGCUCCAAACCCGGGUAUUGGUCUUCAUGUCUUUGAUGCACGUGGAGAAAUACAUGGGAGAAGUACGGAGGGAUUCCGGUGGGCUUUGGAUAUUGAAGGCGCUAUUGAUAAAACAGGCUCUAUGACAAUUCGACAGUGCAAUCAAAUUUGGGAUGGCCUCGAAGCCGCUAAAGGGAAAACCGCAAACUUCCAGUCUUGUCUUAUCAUUUCUCACGUCGAUGAAGAACUUAUUUCGAAGGCAUGGCACUGGAUUGAGAACUUGACCCUGAAGGAUCAAUCUCUUUCUCUUGGAGGGACUUAUCUCUUGAUUGAAUUUAUGCAAAAGCCAGCUUUUCAUUCAGUAGAUCUGACGCUACGAGCCUGGCCAGGUACGCGCGGUCAGUCUAUUCUGCAAAUUGGGACUGGUGCCCCAUGUCAUCUUGGAGAAAGCAGAGAGUUGGCCUAUAUGGAAAUUAGAGAGGCGCCGUCUUUUAUAUGUGGACAAAGCGAACGACGUGGGCUGCAAUAUUUCACUCAUUCGCUUGAGGAGUUUAAUGAUCCGAGAAAGGGGAUCAAGAUAUAUGCCGAGAAUUUUGAGAAGUUACAGGAGCUGAAGCGGCAAUAUGAUCCCAAUGGUGGUCUGAAAGGACCGUUUUGGAUUUGA